AUGAUCCGCGAGGUGGUCCUCCGUCUUCGUGGUUUGGGGAUCUUAGUGGAGGUAGAGUGUGGCAUUUCGGCUCCUCCUUCAGAUGUGGUGCUCUGGUCUUUGCUCUGGGAGGUCGUGGCUGAAGUUUCCGUCAGAUCUGAACGGUGUGGUGGUUCGGAGGCUUUGAGGACGAGUUUCCGCCGUCGAUUUGUUCAAGGAGGUGGGGUUUUCGGCUGCUUUGAUCUCGUCAGGGCAGCGACGGCGUGGUCUCCGGUGUACCGGAGAGUGGCUCAUUCCGUCGUCUCUCUCGUUCCUUUCUCGCCGGCGGCUGUUGUUGGGCGGUGGUCGACAGUGGUGGGAUCUCACAGUGACGACUGUGGUUUCUCUGCUCAGAUUUGGCCUUCCGUGUGGCUCCUUUCAGCUUCUGCUGGUUCCUUUUGCUUCUCGGUCCUCGGAGAAGCUGCAGGUACCGCUACUAAUGAGGUUUUGAGGACUGGCCUUGUGUGCGGUUGCUCACGGCAACAGCGAUGGGGAUUCCAGGUUUUAGGAUCUGCGGCAAAAGCGCAAUUUUCCAAGCUUUGGUUUGGAAUCGGUGUUCCUCAUUGUUUCUUCGAGAAGCAGUCUUCCAAGUUACUGUCGGUUGAGCUAAUCUUUGAAUCUGAUUUCGGAACAAAACAACCCGUAAGGGCCCAUUACCUUGAUCCAAGAUUGAAGUCCAGGCCCACUCAAGCCCAGCAAGAAGACCUCGAGCCCACCAAGCGACUCCCUCGUAGGCCAGUUAACUGCCAUCCGAGCUAUUCCGGUCGACGUAAAGACGAGCUCCAGCUCGAUCAAGGACCAGGUCGGCACUGCGAAGAAAGACGAAGUCAAAGAAGAUCUCCUUCAAAUCCGGUCUGGUCCGAGAUCACCGGGAUCGUUAGCUGCACGUGGCGAGAUACGCGGAGGUGGAUCGUAGCUGAUUCUGGAGCUAUAAAAGGAGCUUGA